AAUUUCCUUUUCCUUUUCCUAUUUCACUUCUUCACCUCCCAAUCUCUUCUUCUGUAUCUUCUGCAGAUCCAAUUUACUCAUGUUAUUUAAGAUUAGGGAUCUGCGUAUCCACUAGCUUACAAAUUCCUUCGGACGCACAUACGAUUCCGUCGAUGCGGCGGCUUCCCUUGCCCCUGGGUAUAUCUAAGAUUCAAAUGAAGAAACCAACUGAAACGUUCCAACUAUGAACCAAAAAAGCUCAAGAGUUGAUGUUGAGGUCGGAAAUAGUUCAACCGACAACUUUGACGACCUCAAUGACGCACAAGUUACCGAUUAUAAACAACUUAGUUAUAAGCUUUUUCAGUAUCGAACAUACAAAUUAAGGGGCUCCGAUGGUGAGUUUGGAUGCCCCUUUUGUGAUGAUUACAAAGAUGAGCAUGAAUGUAAGUACACUCAUCUUCUUUUACAUGCUAUUCGAGUGGCCGAGAGCGAGGAAAGUGGGAAGCACAGAGCAAAUCAUUUUGGCAUGGCUAGAUUCUUGGCAAUUGACCUUGGUGAGGAAGUGAAAGCAGAAGCUGAUCGACUUUCUUGGAGUGAAGAUGGAAAGAGGCUCAAGAGGCCGAGACCAGAUGAAGAUAGCACAGAGAGGGGGGUGGAUCUUGCUGAUAAGGUUAGACAGCUUGAGGAAGUGCUGAAUGAGAGGACAGAAGAGCUCAAUGAGAUGACAGACGAGCUGAAUGAUUUAUUUACAAGAGAGCGCCAAAGCAAUAAUGAGUUGCACGGCGUUCGCAGAGAACUGAUACAGGGCUUGAAUGAUAUUCUCAAGGGAAAUCAUGUUCACAUUGGGAUAAAGAAUAUGGGAGAAAUUGAUCCCAAAGUCUUCAUCAGUGAAAUGGAAAAGAGAUUACCCCCCAUAGAUGCUGAGAUGAAAGGGGUUGAGUUGUGUUCCUUGUGGCAGGAAAAGAUUAAAAAUUCUCAGUGGUAUCCGUAUCAAAUCAUUGUAGAUGAUAAUGGGAAACCUAAGAGAACACUGAAGGAGGAUGACACAUCACUUCAAGGCCUCAAGAAACAAUGGGGCCAAGAAAUUCAUGAUGCAGUUGUUGGAGCUCUGAGUGACCUCUACGACUACAAUCCAAGUGGAUGUUAUGUGGUUCCUGAGCUGUGGAACUUCAAAGAAAAUAGGAAGGCGAAGCUUGAUGAAGUCAUUAGCUACAUCCUUGAAGCUGUUAAAGAGCAUGGAAAGAUAGGAAGGUGUUUGGGUAAUCAUUCAGAUGGCAUAGCCAGCAUUAGUGAUUCUGACGUCUAUGAAUACAAAGGAAGAAUUUAUGAGCUAUUGAAAUUAUCAAUCCCUUACAAAGUGAGGGGACCUAGUGGUGAACUUAGAUGCCCUUUCUGUUCUAAUGAGGAAAAUCGAGAGUACAACUAUCUUCUUCGACAUGCUCUUGCGGUAGGUGAGAGCUCCUCUGAGAGUGCAAAGCAGCGAGCAAAGCAUUUUGCAUUGGCUAAAUACUUGGUUAUUGACCUACAACAUAAUGUGGCACAAAGCACAGCAUCUUCACCUGCUUCCUCAAGUGGCGGAGACCAGGAAAUUGGGGAAGGUUUGCCAUCUCCUAUUCUCUCACCACGUCUCAUUUCUUUUUAUACAAUGUAUUUUUUUGCAGGGGUUCAAUCAGAAGCGCAGCUCAAUGAUGCAACGAUAAAUGAUGAGUUCCCAGUAGUAAAUGAUUUGAAGAAAUUGUCGAGGCAAAUGAUUUCUCAGUAUUUCUGCAUGCCAAUUGCUCAAGCAGCAAAGCAGCUCAAUAUAGGGUUAACCUGCUUGAAGAGAAGGUGUAGGGAGUUGGGAAUCCCGAGAUGGCCAUACAGAAAAAGGCGCAGCCUUCAAAUCCGAAACAAGGAUGUUCAGGCUGAGGCCAACAAGAAUGUUCAGGUGGAGACCAACUCGGAGUCCGAGUUAGAGUUAGAGUGCGAGUCUGAGUCCGACGAUGAAGGUGAUUUGCCAUUAAGUAGGAAGUAUGCAAGGAAGAAGUGAUAAUUUGACUACUUGUUUGUAUGUAGAAGGUAAGUUGCAGGAAUCUUUGUAACAAUACAAGAAAUUACUCACUCCGUCCUAAUAUUCUUGAUUCGUAUUCUUUUUUGA